UCGUGAAGCGUUCCAUAUUUUUGCCAUUCCCCAGGAAGCCUACAACGCAGUUCACGUCAGUGGCUCACCCACAGCCCUGGCAGCUGUGAAGCUGGAGGAUGACAAGGAGAAGAUGGUGGGCACCACAUCUGUAGUGAAAAACUCCCAUGAAGAGGUAGUGCAGACCCUUGCAAACUCUCUCUUUCCAGCACAGUUCAUGAAUGGCAACAUCCACAUUCCAGUGGCUGUGCAGGCCGUGGCAGGCACAUACCAGAAUACAGCUCAGACUGUCCAUAUAUGGGACCCCCAGCAGCAGCCACAGCAACAGACCCCCCAGGAACAGACGCCACCGCCGCCUCAGCAGCAGCAGCAGCAGCAGCUCCAGGUUACUUGUUCAGCUCAGACUGUCCAGGUUGCUGAAGUUGAACCGCAGUCACAGCCACAGCCUUCACCAGAACUUCUGCUUCCAAAUUCUCUGAAGCCAGAAGAAGGGCUUGAAGUGUGGAAAAACUGGGCGCAGACCAAGAAUGCUGAGCUGGAGAAGGAUGCUCAGAACAGACUGGCACCCAUUGGAAGGCGUCAGUUGCUACGAUUCCAGGAAGAUCUCAUCUCUUUUGCUGUGGCUGAGUUGAAUUAUGGGCUCUGUCUGAUGACACGGGAAGCUUGAAAUGGAGAAGGUGAACCCUAUGACCCAGAUGUGCUGUACUAUAUUUUCCUGUGUAUUCAAAAGUAUCUUUUUGAGAAUGGACGGGUUGAUGACAUUUUCUCCGAUCUUUAUUAUGUUCGAUUUACGGAGUGGCUGCAUGAAGUUCUGAAGGACGUUCAGCCCCGAGUCACUCCACUUGGCUAUGUCCUGCCCAGCCACGUGACUGAGGAGAUGCUGUGGGAGUGCAAGCAGCUCGGGGCUCACUCCCCUUCCACCCUGCUGACCACCCUCAUGUUCUUUAACACCAAAUACUUCCUGUUGAAGACAGUGGACCAGCACAUGAAGCUGGCCUUCUCCAAGGUCUUACGACAGACAAAGAAGAACCCCUCUAAUCCCAAGGAUAAAAGCACGAGUAUUCGGUACCUGAAGGCACUUGGGAUACACCAGACUGGCCAGAAAGUUACAGAUGACGUGUAUGCAGAGCAGACGGAAAAUCCAGAGAACCCACUGAGAUGCCCAAUCAAGCUCUAUGAUUUCUACCUCUUUAAAUGCCCCCAGAGUGUGAAAGGCCGGAAUGACACCUUUUACCUGACGCCCGAGCCGGUGGUGGCCCCCAACAGCCCAAUCUGGUACUCAGUCCAGCCUAUCAGCAGAGAGCAGAUGGGGCAGAUGCUGACUCGGAUCCUGGUGAUACGAGAAAUUCAGGAGGCCAUUGCGGUGGCCAGCGCCAGCACCAUGCACUGAGAGACCCCUCAGCCAUGGUGCAUGGGAGACCAUCCAGGAAAAAAAACGGACAGACUUUCACACUAAAGAAGAGGCCUCCAUUUUUUUUCUUUUCUUUUUUAUUGGUGUAGUUAUGAAGCCUUUCAGACUGCUUCUGUUUCAAAUGUAAAAGGAAACUUUGCCCCCUUGUGCAUCUUCAUAAACCUGCUGUGGGGACUCCUCAGCCCAUAGGGGCUCAGGGUUUCCUGAGAGCCAGAUGUCAUGGAAAGUUGCUGGCUGACUUUUUUUUGUGUGUGGGGCCUAAGGAAAGGGCUUGGACUGUUAGGAGAAAUGUGGCCCCUUCCCUUCCUCCAGAAAGAUGGAAUUAAUGAUGGAUGGACCCUCCAGGGAAUCUCCCCAGCUGGCUUCCACUCUGACUGGCAGACUUCGCUGACCACGGGGGAGCCACGGUCUUUUCUUUCUUCAUGCUCAGACACAAACCUAGCAUCUUAAUGGAAGGAAAAUGAGGGGAACUUCAAUUAUGAUUUAUUAAAGACAAUUUCUAUUACACCCUCCUUUAUGACAAGUGACAUUUUAGAUGUUAAAGUAAAAACUUUACCAUGCCUUUUUCCCCCCGUACCCUGGCCUAACACUGAGGCCUUAAACCUGAGGCUUCUGUGCCUGAUGGAAUUCUUGUAACAUACACUUGUGUAUCAUAUAAAGAUACCACUCUGUUUCUCUUA